AUUUAAUUUUUUUAUUUUUCUCACCAUUUUCAUUUUCAAUCUUCAACGAGACUCACUUAACUUGCCAUUACUUCUAGUUCACUAACUAUUUGAAUACCACUAACCUGUAAAUCUCAUAAUUACACUUUCGGCACUACAGUAAAUCCUGUCUGUUAACUAUGGCCACAAUUCCUGUUCAAAUGGCGCCGAUCUCGAAGCAGCAACCUCCCCAGCCUCUUAAUGGCUCCUUACAUGCUCACCACCUUAUCGACUUGCAACAACAACAACAACAACAACAGCAACAACAACCUGCUUUAGUGGCAGCAGCUGCUGCAGCUGCUGCUCAACAACAACAACAGCAACAGCAACAACAACAACAAGUGGCCAAUGCUCCUAGUAACAUUCUUAGUGAAACUACAGCAGCUACAUGGUUAGCUAUUGGAUCCUUAGCAGAAAGUUUAGGAGAUGUUGAUAAAGCUCUUGCCUCUUAUGAUUCAGCUUUAAGACAUUCGCCUAAUAAUCCUGAUGCUUUAAUUAAAUUAGCCAAUAUUUAUCGAUCAAAAGAUGUAUUUUUUAAAGCAGCCGAAUUAUAUGAACAAGCACUUAAUUAUAAUCCUGAAAGUGGAGAAACUUGGGGAUUAUUAGGUCAUUGUUAUUUAAUGUUAGAUGAUUUACAAAGAGCUUAUAUUGCUUAUCAAAGAGCCCUUUAUUAUUUAGAAAAUCCCAAUGUACCUAAAUUAUGGCAUGGAAUUGGAAUUCUUUAUGAUCGUUAUGGUUCAUUAGAAUAUGCCGAAGAAGCCUUUGUAAGAGUAUUAGAAUUAGAUCCAAAUUUUGAUAAAGCUAAUGAAAUUUAUUUUAGAUUAGGAAUUAUUUAUAAACAUCAAGGAAAAUUACAACUGGCUUUAGAAUGUUUUCAAUAUAUUUUAAAUAAUCCUCCUCAUCCAUUAACUCAACCAGAUGUUUGGUUUCAAAUUGGUGCUGUAUUAGAACAACAAAAGGAUUGGUAUGGAGCUAAAGAAGCUUAUGAAAAAGUCUUACAAGUAAAUCCUCAACAUGCUAAAGUCUUACAACAAUUAGGAUGUCUUUAUUCUCAAGCUGAAUCAUCUCCAUCAACUCCUGCUCAACAACCAGGUCAACAACAAAAUGGAAAUUUUCAACAUUUUCAACAAGAUUUAAAUAUUGCUUUAAAAUAUUUAACUCAAUCAUUAGAAAUUGAUCAAAGUGAUGCUCAUUCUUGGUAUUAUUUAGGUAGAGUUCAUAUGAUUAGAGGAGAUUUUAAUGCUGCUUAUGAAUCAUUUCAACAAGCCGUUAAUCGAGAUUCAAGAAAUCCAACAUUUUGGUGUUCAAUUGGAGUAUUAUACUAUCAAAUUAGUCAAUAUAGAGAUGCUUUAGAUGCUUAUACUAGAGCCAUAAGAUUAAAUCCUUAUAUUAGUGAAGUUUGGUAUGAUUUAGGUACAUUAUAUGAAACUUGUAAUAAUCAAAUUAGUGAUGCUUUAGAUGCUUAUAGACAAGCAGAAAGAUUAGAUCCUGGUAAUCCUCAUAUUAAAGCAAGAUUAGAACAAUUAAUUAAAUAUCAACAAGAAGGUAAUACUCAUCCUCCUCAACCACCUCCAGUAUCUCAACAACCAAGAUUACCUCAAGGUAUGGUAUUAGAGUCAACUCAACAAGAUCCUCAAGUACCUCCCCCUCCAUCCCAUCAUCAACAACCUCCACCACCAUCACAACAGCAACAGCAACAGCAACAAGCUCCACUUCCACCUCAUUCUCAUUCAAUCUCGCAACUUCCUCAACCUCCCCUUCAACAACAACCACCUCCAGUUCAACACCAAAUUCCUCCUCAUCCUCAAUUACCUGUUCCAGUAUCAGUUCCAAGUCAAGAACAUCCUCAAAUUCCUCAAGUAGCCGUAGCUCCUAUAAAGCAACAACAACCAGAAACUCUUCCUCCAGUCAUUGCUAAUCCUAAUCCUGAAUCUCAAGCUUCAGUAACUCUUCCUGUUCCAACCAUUCCACCAGUUCAAGAUCCAACUCCUCAAACUACUGGAGAACCUCCAAGUUCUGUAUCUCCUAGACCAGAUGUAGCACCUAUAGUAAGUCAACCAGUUGCACCAGCUCAAAAUCCAACUCCACCAAUUGUAAAUGAUACUGCUCCUGCUAAACGAGAAUUAGAAGAUGGUCAAGAUUCUAAAAUCGUUAAGAAACCAACUACUGAAUCCCAUCAUGGUUCAUUAAAUUCACUUAUGAAUGCGGCACUUUCUGUAGCCAAUGAUGAACAAAAGGAGAAGGAAAAGGCUGCAGCAGAAGCAGCAGUAGCCGUAGUAGCAGCUGCAGAAACUGUACCUGCUAAGACUGAAGAAGUAAGUAAACCAGUUGAAGAAGAGCCAGUGACUGUGGCAGAAGCCAAUGGUACGGAGAAGAAGGAAGAACUUGUACCAGUGGUUGAGGCUCCAGCACCUCCUGCACCACCAGUUGAAGCAGCAGUUGAACCAGAAGUCUCCAAACCAGCUGAAGCACCAGUCGUUGAACAGGCUGAACCAGUAGCUUCUGAAGAAGUAGCUAAACCAGUGGAAGCAGCUCCAGUACCUGAAGUAGUAGCAGUUGAAGCAGCACCUAACUCAGUGGCUGCACCAGCUCCAGUAGAUACUCCAGCACCAGUUGCAGCACCAGCUGCUGCACCAGUACCUGCUGCACCAGUACCAGAAGUAUCUAAACCAGUUGAAGCAGUACCAACUGCUACAUCAGUCCCUCAAUUCUCUAGUAAUGUUACCGAUAAGGAUGCAUCACCAGAAAAGGAAGAAGCCGAAGAAGACAAGACUGCUGAACCCGUCGAACCUCCAUUAAGGAAAGUAGACGAAGAUGAAGACUAUGAUGACGAAUGAGUAAGCUGAAGCUUAAGCUCAUUGAACACUUUGUACAUUGUUUUAUUAUACUAUUGACGU